UUUCUGCUCUUCAAGUUCCAAGCCAGUUAUUGUCUUUCCAGUUUCUACACUGCAGGGGAUCCCCCCCACCUCUCUUUCUCUGCUUGAAUGGCAUUGUCUUCACAUAUCCAGAACUUGUCUGUUCUCUCAGUAAGCAAAACUAUAGAGAAUGGCAAUGGAAGAAGCAGAGCAAGAAUGGUUGUUAAGAUGGCAGCAUCAACAUCAGAUAUGGCAGCCGCUUUUGAAGAGGGAAAGCUAGAAAGGCCUAAGUGGUCAGGACAGACGCCUCUCUCUCGUCUUGUUGGAGCUCUUAUUGCUUUUAAGCCUCUCUCCUCUGUUCUCAAACUUGGUGCCAGACAAGUCCUUAUAAGAACAGCAGAGAAAGGGAACAUUCCAUGGAGAGAAAUGACAAAGGAGAUUUUGGAAUCAGAUGUGUAUAAGGAGCUGGAGAGCAUUCAAAAUCCCUCACUUGUUUAUCCAGAUUAUUACCUAAAUCCUUUCCAUGCUUACGACGAGGGAAAUCUUUCAUGGCUGGCUGCAGCUGAAGCUGAAGCUGCAACCAUGUCAAUGGUGAGGCGAGCAAUACCUAAUGCUUCUACAGUAGAUGAAGCAAAUCAAGUAGUGCGUGGAAAUUGGCUUCAGGCAAUUGAACAGCAUCAUCUACAGUACUCUGGGACUACCAUGAUUAGAGACAUUCUAGAUAUUGGAUGUUCUGUUGGUGUUAGCACAAGAUUUCUGGCUGACAAGUUUCCUUCUGCUAAUGUCACUGGGCUAGAUCUGUCACCUCACUUUCUUUCCGUAGCUCAAUUCAAGGAAAAGAAGGUAGGUUCUAGAAAGAAUCCUAUUAAAUGGAUGCAUGCUAAUGCAGAAGACACAGGCUUUCCACCCCAAUCAUUCGAUCUUGUUUCAGUUUCAUAUGUGUUUCAUGAAUGUCCUGAAAGAGCAAUAGUUAACAUACUGAAGGAAGCAUUCAGGCUACUUCGUCCUGGAGGCACAAUUGUUGUGUCGGAUCAAUCACCAAAGUCAAAGAUCCUACAGGAAAUGUCUCCAGUUCUGUUUACAUUAUUGAAGAGCACCGAACCAUUUCUCGACGAAUACCAUCUGACUGACCUAGAAGGAAGAAUGGAGGAAGCUGGCUUCAUAGAAGUACAAACAGGUCUCACAGAUCCAAGACACAGGACCUUGACAGCAACCGUGCCUUGUUAACAUGUAUCCUCACUAAACUGAUCACUGCAUUAGCUCCAAGCACUUCUCUGAAUGGAUAGAUGAGUAGAAAGUCGGUCAUCUUGUUGCUCUAUAUGCUUCUAACCAGCCAGCUCAUCGGAGACAUGAAAUAUAUUUGUUUCUUUGAUGCCAAUUGUCAAUAAACUUUACAGAAAUUUUGCGACUGCUUGUUCUGAUUGGAAUGUAUAAAACUUCGCUAGUGCUGUUAUGAUGCGAUCAAGCAACUUCAUAGUAUUAAAUUCAUGAUGGUAUAUGGGGGUGAGAAUUUAAUC